AUGACGCCAAACAUUUUUAUCAAAAUAAAAAUAGCAUCCAUGAGUAAUUGCAUGAGAAAAAGCAUUUUUAUACCCCGAAGGCAAGAAUUAAAAAAUCUAUUUGUAUUUCUUGUAGGCAAAGUUGAAUAUGAUAUUUAA